UGUUAACCUAAACCAAUUGCAUCCAAACAGAUGCACUUUCACUACACUACACUUUAUUCAAAUAUUUUGACGCCAUGCCCAUGACCAUGACCUUUGGCCCUUUUCUAGAGCCAACUCCAUGAUUAGUUUUUUAAAACCACCUACUUAUAUUAUAAAAGAAAAAGCCUAAUGUCUCCAGUACGGAAAUUAAUGGCGACGAUAUCAAAUUCACUUCCUCUUAAGCACGGUCUAUCUCUCUGGUGUCCACACUCUUCUUCUCUUAAUCGAACCUUCCACACUCCUCCCAUCGCUUACCGGAUCGUACACCGUAACUACGUCGUUUCCGCCUUCUCUAAUGAGAAUCGCGAGUUUGUGAUCGUUGGUGGCGGGAAUGCUGCCGGAUAUGCUGCACGGACAUUUGUCGAACAUGGAAUGGCAGAUGGAAGGCUUUGUAUUGUUACUAAGGAGCCACAUGCACCAUAUGAGAGACCAGCUUUGACUAAAGCCUAUUUGUUUCCACUAGAUAAGAAGCCAGCUCGUUUGCCUGGUUUUCAUACUUGUGUUGGAUCUGGUGGGGAAAGGCAAACUCCUGAUUGGUAUCAAGAGAAAGGAAUAGAGAUGUUGUAUGAAGAUCCGGUGACAAGUAUUGACAUUGAAAAGCAAACUCUAGGAACAAACUCAGGCAAGCUGCUCAAGUAUGGAACUCUUAUUAUUGCCACAGGAUCUACAGCAUCAAGAUUUCCAGAGAAAAUUGGAGGAAGUUUACCUGGUGUUCACUACAUCAGGGAUGUGGCAGACGCCGAUUCCCUUAUAUCAUCUUUGGAUAAGGCAAGGAAGGUGGUUGUCGUUGGUGGAGGUUAUAUUGGCAUGGAGGUCGCUGCAGCAGCUGUUGGUUGGAACCUGGAUACUACAAUCAUUUUUCCAGAGAAGCAUCUCUUGCAAAGGUUGUUUACUCCUUCACUUGCCCAGAGGUAUGAGGAAUUAUACAAAGAGAAUGGUGUCAAAUUUUUAAAGGGUGCCUCUAUCAAAAACUUAGAAGCUGGUUCAGAUGGACAUGUAGCUACUGUUAAACUAGAAGAUGGAUCUAUUAUAGAAGCAGACACGGUAGUGAUUGGAAUUGGGGCAAAGCCAGCUGUCAGUCCCUUUGAACAAGUGGGGUUGAAUGCUACUGUUGGUGGAAUACAGGUUGAUGGUCAGUUCAGGACAAAUAAACCUGGAAUUUUCGCAAUUGGAGAUGUUGCAGCGUUCCCAUUAAAGAUGUAUAACCGUACGGCCAGAGUUGAACAUGUAGACCAUGCUCGUCGAUCAGCUCGGCAUUGUGUUAAAGCAUUACUUAGUGCUCAGACUAGCACAUAUGAUUAUCUCCCAUACUUUUACUCAAGGGUCUUUGAGUAUGAAGGGAGCCCAAGAAAAAUAUGGUGGCAGUUCUUUGGAGACAAUGUUGGAGAAGCAGUUGAGAUUGGGAAUUUUGAUCCUAAGAUUGCAACUUUCUGGAUAGAUUCUGGUAAAUUGAAAGGAAUUCUCCUUGAAAGUGGAAGUGCUGAGGAAUUUCAACUCCUUCCUAAACUCGCAAGGAGCCAGCCUAGUGUUGAUAAAUCAAAGCUUCUGAAAGCAUCUUCAGUUGAGGAGGCGCUAGAAAUUGCUCAAGCAUCCCUACACACUGCUGUUUAGUUGAGAAUUACACGGCCAAUUUCAGAAUGCUCCCAGAUACUGCAAAAGUUUAGUUCUUCAAUAAUUUUCUUGCAGGGCGAAUUCUUCCUAGCCACUCAUUACCUGAUUUUGUCUAAAUCUCUGGUCAUCUAUUGUGGAAUAAUUUAGCCAGAAGAUGCUUAAGAUAUAUAUAUAUAUAUAUAUAUAUAUAUAUAUAUAGAGAGAGAGAGAGAGAGAGAGAGAGAGAGAUGCAUUGCGAAAUUGUUAUAUAAUGUUGCUGGUUUUUGUAAGUUAGAGAGCUCAAUAGCAACAGAUAAAUUGCUAUUGAUCACUAAAUGUCUACAUUCUGCAGAAGAAAAUAAUUUAGCUAGACUAUUGAUGUCCUA